AUGCCACUUGCUGCCCCCUCGCCGACCCAGCCAUUCGUCGGGUUCAAUGCGACACAAGCACCAGGCACCUCGCAGCGAGUCAACAUCGAGAGGCGAACAUCAGCUGCUCGUAAUGCAGCUGGUCCAAGUCGGCAGCCUCGUGGGGCGAGCUCGGCUCCCCGAGCGACCCGAUCGCGACGCAGCCAGGCUCCGGUCGUCCCCCGGGGCAUACACAAGGAGAUAGGCCCAUGCCUGACUGAAGCUGGUCAAUUGCGGCUCGUCGCUCAUGUAUACCCUCCUUCUCUCGCUCCAGAUGCCGAAUCGAUGGGUUACAAGUUCCCCCUUUUCCAGUUUCGCUACUCCACCAUGCGAGACUACCUCAACUCCUUCGGCCUUGCGCGCACGGCGUCACCUCUCGGCUACGAUUUCGCCCAGGUACUCAUUUCUCGCAGCAUCGCCACGAACAGCUCGAGCUCAGCUUCUGUCGCUGCAUAA